AUGCCACGCGUUUUGGUUACUCCGGCGAUGCUGCAUGAAAAGGGCGGUCCGUUUCGUGACAUACUCGAAGCAGCGGGACUUGAAGUGGUGUUUCCGACCGGCGGGCUGGCGUUGAUGGACCCGGUGACAUUGCAGUCGAAUCUCGAGGGGAUCGAUGCGGUGCUGGCGGGCAUGGAACCGUUCAAUCGCGACGUGCUGAGCACGACCAAACUGCGGGCUAUCGCGCGUAUGGGCGUAGGAUACGAUGCGAUUGAUGUACCGGCGGCUACUGACUGCGGUGUGCCGGUGACGAUUACCCCGGGGACGAAUGAGCCUUCUGUGGCCGAGCAAACGCUGGCCCUGAUUUUCGGCGUGAUGCGCGGACUGCCCGAGCGGGCGCGGGAGGUUCGUAGCGGGCAUUGGCUGCGUCAGACGUUACCGCGACUGGAAGGCAAGACACUGGGGCUGGUCGGGCUGGGCCGCAUCGGCAAGGCAUUGGUCCCGAAAGCGCAUGGGCUGGGGUUGAAGGUGAUUGCCUACGAUCCGUUUGUGGCGCCCGAGUUGGCCGUGGAGUUGGGUGUUCGAUUGUGCUCGCUCGACGAACUGCUGGAAGAAGCCGACAUCGUGAGCUUGCAUUGCCCCUUGAAUGCCGAGACGCGGAAUCUGAUCGAUGCCGACGCGAUGGCGAAGAUGAAGGUUGGUUCGGUGUUGAUCAAUGCCGCCCGGGGUGGAAUCGUGGACGAAGGGGCGCUGGCCGACGCCUUGCGCCGUGGGCACUUGAUGGGGGCGGGGCUUGACGUGUUCGAGACUGAGCCGUUGCCACUGGAGAGCCCAUUGCUGGGGCUGGACAACAUAGUGCUCACACCGCACAUGGGCGGAUUGGAUCACGAAUCGCAGGUGGCCAUGAGCAGCCUGGCGGCCGAGUGCAUCGCCAAGCUGUACCAAGGGCAAUGGCCUGAGGGGUGCGUGGUGAACGAUGAGCUUCGCGAAGGCUGGAAGUGGUAA